AUGCAGAGAAAAUUCCCGACCAACAGGAAGCAUGUCAAGACCAACAUCAACCAGCUGAGACGUAAGAUUACAAAGAGACUCAGAGAUAUCAACAACCGCAGUGCUGACACACUCGUCGAAGAGGUAAACAACACAGACGACGCCCGGAGAUACUUUGGAGCCUCUAAGAUACUCGCCAAAGGAUAUGUUAGACCAGCUCUAACCGUCCACAACCCUGCUGGGAAUAUCGCAGAGAUAGAGAGAGCCAUCAGUAAACUCAAGUCUGGUAAAGCAGUGGGUAUUGAUAAAGUUCCUGGCGAGGUCAUGAAAGCCCUGAACAACCCCCUCCUUCAUGAAGAGCUGGCUAAUGUGUUCAACGAGUCUUUCGAGAAAAACAUUCACAUUGAAGCAAUAGGAGCAGGCAUCCUCACACCACUGGCUAAGCCUGGUAAAACUCAUGGCCCAGUUAAGUCGAUACGACCAUUGCAAUUGACCCUGCUGAAUGUUUCUAGAAAGAUCCUGUCACUGAUAGUGCUAAACAGAAUAGAGAGAGCUGUGGACAACUUCACCGGACCGUUCCAAGCUGCCUACAAAGCUGGCAGGAGCUGUGCCGACCUAGUUUGGGCACAGAGCAUGCUCAUAUCUGUAGUAAUGAAGAAGGAGUUUGAAUGGAACAAAGUGAGUAUCGACAUGUUAGCUGCCUUCAAUACCAUCCGCAGAGGUACAACAAUCAGACUACUAGAAGCUGCAGGAUGCUCCAGAGACGACCUGAGGCUUGUACAAUACCUCAUGGCUAACACCACUCUAGUAGUCAGAGUGUGUUCUACUGACUCAGAGAUGUUCUCUUUCAACAUAGGAGCCUCCCAAGGAGACAGCACAGCUGGUAAAUUGUUUACCCUCAAUCUAGCUGGAGCUGUAGUGCACAUAAGAGCAGUCCUCCCCUCAAGACCCAACCCUCCGAUAGCCGAUAACCACAUGCCUCUUGAGUCCGGCUAUUCAGACGAUUUAGAGGAGAUUGGUGAAGAUAUGGAGGAGUUACAGGAUAUCUUUCAGAUCUCCAAGAAUAUUCUCAGUGAAUGGAGUCUCUUUGUCAAUGACACAAAGACAAAGUUUACCAGAGUGUAUUUAGAAGAAGUUGGUGCCUGUGACGAGUGGGAUAAUGAACUAAGAGGAAAAGAGGAGUGGAGAAACGAGACGCUUCUUGGUACUAAGCUUGGAUCAGAGCAGGAUGUUACUAAUAGAAUAAAUAAAGCUAACUCUGCCUUCUGGUCAUUUGACAAGCUGUGGUGCCAGGGAUCAGAGAGGAGUCAGAUAACUGAGAAGAGAAAGAUCAAACUCUACGACUCACUAGUAGUAUCAGUGCUCCUGUACAACUGCUGCUGCUGGGCCGUACCUCAGCAUGUUCUAGAGUCUGUAGAUGUUCUUCAGAGGAAGCACCUCAAGCGCAUCCUACACAUAUAUUGGCCUAGCUCAAUAUCUAACAAGGCCCUCUACGCUCGUACCCAGACCAGGCCCCUUUCCGAGAGAGUGGAAAAGGCACGGUGGACAAUGCUAGGUCAUGUUCUACGCAGUGACAACGACACACCUGCCUACCAGUCUCUGUUAUUUGCUACACUAGGAUGUCAAACAGUGGACGAGUGGGUAGACACAGGACUAAUUUGUAUGAUAUUAUUGUGA